ACUCGACUCGCAUUCACAUAAUUCAUCGAUAUCCUAUCGCAAAGCAAAUUCGAGUCGAAUCUCAAGAAGAUUGUUUUUCCCUCAAGCACCUGAUAGUGUAAAUAAACAAAUUGAGAAAGAGCAAAAAAAAAUAAAUAAAAUUACAAAGAUAAAUUAUUAAAAAUUAUGAAAGAAGGAUGGAAAGUAUUUCAAUUUACGCGCGUUUUUCGCGCUCUUAAUCGGAGCGCCAGAUAAGAUAGCGCAUUUAGAAAUACCGCGAGUAUGGAUGGAUUUUUCACACAAAACCAUGAUCCAUCCUACGCGUCUGAUGCGUUCUGAUUCGAACGCGAAUCGCGCUUUCUCGGCGCCGGCCAACAUAAACACAGGACUCGAGGAUGACUUCGACUGCGGACUCAAGGUGCUGCCGUGCAUCGGCGAGAAGAUGGGGUUGAAGAAGUUUGCCAAUGUCGGGGUGUUCAUCUUCCUCUCGGCGAUGCUGGGACUCCUGCAGGCCAUCGCAUUCGCCUACUUCAAAGGCACCGCCAGCGUCUGGUCCAGGCAGUACAAUUUCAACAACGAAGUUACAGAUUGGCUCAUUUAUUCGUGUGACGUUUUCGGUGGCGCUUUUUCGUUAUUGAUUAGUUAUUGGGGCAACCGAAUUCACAGAGCAUCCUGGUUGGGUGCGCUGUCUAUAUUCCAUGCCAUCUCUGCGGCGACGUUAAUCAUCCCCGAGCUGUACCACCCCGGAACCGCGGAAAAUCCGAACGUUACGCAAGUUGCCCUGGAGAGCGGAUUCUGUGUGAAGAAUAGCCACCAAAAUCAAUUGGCCAUUGAUCAGGAUGGAAGCAUGUACAUAGCUUUAGUGCUGAUCUGCAUUUACCAGAUGCUUCAGUCCUUCACGACGGUAUCAUUCCUAACCCAUGGCAUUACAUAUAUCGACGAUCAUAUAGGAGAUCUAAAUAAGAGUCCCAUCAUCAUUUGUAUUCUUUUAUUAGCGUACGAAAUCGGAAAACCGAUUGGUUCAUAUUUGACUUGGGUCCCAAUUGUUUUUAAUCAAAAAUUGUUUGUAUCUUUUGCUUGGUUAAACGUUGUGAUUUUGAUGUUUAUCGUGGGAUUUUUCAUCACUUUGUUUCCACGAAAAUUGCCCUGCAAUAUUAUUAAAAAGGCGGCAUCUACAAUUCUCGAUCAAACCAAUAAUAGUGAAGGGUCUAAUAAUAUUCCUCAAAUAGACACAGGUUUUCUGGCGACAUUCAGGAGGGUUUUCAUCAAUAGAAUUGUGAUUCUCAACGCUAUCGCUGCAACUCUUAUGAGUAUAGCUAUUACAAAUUUUUCACUGUUGAGUAAUGAAUUUUUCCGAACUCGUUUCGUUGAUACCUCUUCGACGAGAGAUUAUAGGAGUACUUUAGCAACAGGAAUGAAUCCAGGUCUCAUCAUGCAACCGAUUACUAGUUCAGUUGUAAUGAUGUCUGGUUUCAUCAUCAGUAAAUUCAAACCUGGAGCCACGUAUUUAGCCACGUGGAAUGUGGCCAUCUACAUUUUGAUUGCAAUGUCUUUUGGUAGCUACGGAUUCUUGAAUUGCGAAGAGGACGUAUUCAACGAUUACAAUCGUCUUCAGACUUAUUGCAACAAUGGAUGCAACUGCAAUACCAGGGUGUUUUCUCCCGUCUGCGCCGGAAAUAAGACCUACUUUUCGCCCUGCUGGGCCGGAUGUCCAGAUAAAACAUUCACAGGAUGUUCGUGCUCGAAUUUACCAAUUAGUGAGGGUUCCUGCAAUGCGGAAAAGUGCGCUUACAUAAAGAUAUUCGCUCAAUCGAGCGCCGUCCUAACCGACGGUUUAUUGAGCAGCGGUAUCAUAACCCAUUUGCUAAUUACUCUGAGGGCAAUUCCUGAAACAGAUAAGGCCCUGGCCUUGGGGCUCCAUUACACUUUCAUUAAGCUGCUGCCUUAUGUGCCAUUUAAAAUAUUUUACAACUUGGUUAAAGAUUCUUUGUGCCUGACUAGCGAUAAUGACGAGUGCCAUUUCUACCGGGAUUCCUUCCCGACGGUGCUGAGUUCAGUGACCUUAACGCUGAUGAUCCUUGCGGCGGCCGUUGCUUUAACUCUAGUAUUCUUCGUCAAGGAUCUUUCUCUUUACGAGGUGCCGGAAAAGGAGAUGAAACCUAUACCAUUGGAUCGCAUCGACGAGCAGAACGAAGGUGAAGGAGAUCCGAUGAUGCGACGCGGCAUGAAUUCUAGUGGAGGCACUCUUUACUCGGAGAGCGAUAUAGACCGAGGUCUCAGGGAGACGGAGUUUUGAGGCGAUUGUAUAAGAAAAUCAAAAUCAAAGUAUUAA